UGUAAUUUGCGAAAAGAAGUAUGAUAUAGGGGAAGUCGUGGUUUAGUUGAAAACCUAAACAGUGUGUGGUUGGGGGCGAUGGAAGAAGAAGCAGUUGGAGAAGGGUCGGAGGCGGUUCGGCGGGCGAGGAAGCUGCUGUUUCGGCGAAUGCUGGUGGGGAUUAAGGAUGGAAGAUUCUUUUUGGGUGGAUUCUACUGCAUCGACAAACAAGGCAACAUCAUUCUCCAGGAUGCCGUCGAGUAUCGCACCACUCGCCGAUCCUCUCCCUCUCCCCUCGAACAGAGGUGCCUUGGCCUCAUUCUCAUUCCUGCUUCCUGUCGCGCCACGUGUCAUGUUGAUUGCUCUAUCGACGAACAGUUGUCCCUUCUAUCUCUUACUUAGUUAGUUAUUAUUGUCUUC